AUGCCGGGAGUAGACGUGAUGGCCGACACGGAAACUCUCCAUCUGCCUCGAAUCCUCUGUCUCCAUGGCGGUGGUUCAAAUGCGAAAAUCUUCCAUACCCAGUGCCGUGUUAUAAGGGCUCACCUCAAGUCCAGUUUUAGACUAUGUUUCGUUGAUGCGCCGUUCUCCAGCCCCGCAGGGCCAGGCAUCGAGUCAGUAUACGAAGACUAUGCGCCUUUCUACUGCUGGCAUAACUGGAAGCCUGGUGUCACGGAGGACUUCGGGGGACAGACGUUGAGUUACGUAGAAAAGAUUCUUCGAGACGCCAUGGCUGAGGACGAUGCCAAAGGAGCUACCGGUAAAUGGGUCGGCAUAUUGGGAUUCAGCCAGGGCGCAAAGACGAGUGCGAGCAUCCUGAUGAAGCAACAAGUCCAGACGGAGUUAAACAUACGUGACGAAAAUUCAUUCGACUUCAAAUUCGGCGUUAUAAUGAAUGGACGAGGCCCGUUACUGGAAUUAGGUCUGGACACUGGAAGCGACAGUAGCGUCCCGGGUAGUUCAGCUUCUUCAACUACUGGGCAAUCGGAAGAUGUUGCAUCUGCCAGUGAACUCAUACAUAUACCCACAAUACAUGUGCAUGGGCGGCGAGACCCGGGCCUUUUUCUUCACCGAAACCUGCGUGACUCGUUCUUCGUGAAGAGUAGUACACGCCUCGUGGAAUGGGAUGGUGACCACCGAUUACCCAUUAAAUUCAACGAUGUUGACGCUGUUGUAUCGCAGAUCUGUGAGGUAGCCAAGGAGACUGGUGCUCUUUGA